AGCGCAGACGACGAGCUCGAGGAUUUGGAUGAAGGAUACGCUAGCGGAUCGACCGCGGGCAAUCCCGUUUCCAGUAGCUCCAUGAGCUUAUCGAGCUGGAGGAUCGACGGUCCUCGUAUCCCGGCCGGCCGGCGGCCCGCAGUAAUUCUAUCGAUCGAUCGCUCGAGCGAGAUCCCGUCCAGCGAAGGUUUUGGUACUCCCGUUUAUCCAGUACGGAGUAGUCCGAUCAGUUCAAGCCAGGAUCGUAACCGAUUGGCCGGCCGCACGUUUCAGGACCAGCUGGCGCGGAUGGUAGGGCGGUUCAUGGUGCGCGGCAGCCACGGCCCCAUGCAGACCUUGCUGGAUUGGCGGACCUACGGGCUCCGGAUUCAUUAUAACUGCAGUACCCCCGGUUAUGUCACGUGGCAGAGGACCGACGAGCUGCUGUACCAGCAGCUCCGUUUUACCAUGGGCGAUUUCCGCGGCUUCGUCCACGGGCUGGUCGGGGUGACGCGGGGGCUGCUGGACCAGCUGCUGUUCUCUUCGGCCGACCAGUUGGCACCCGCGAUCCCAUGGGGCCGGCUGUAUGAUAAUCCUAUCGAAGGGAAGGCCGGCUGGAGCUUUUUGCAGGAUAGUCGGACCGUGUGGCCCGUCGAAGGCAAACGAUGGUUGAUCGACCGGGUACGGGCCGAGCCGGCGCUGCAGGCGCAGUUUAUUCGGACCCACCGCUGCCAUCCCCCCAAGAUCCGCGCGUAUUUCCAGCAGGUUGUUAAAUUCAAGGAGCAACUCGCCAUACUGAUCUACAUCAGUGGCGGGCAACUCGCUCGGGCCCCCGAGCUGCUGAGCAUCCAGCACGUGAAUACCGAAACGAACGUGCGGCGGAAUAUCUAUAUCGACGACGGGCUGGUCACGCUGGUCACGGCGUACCACAAGGGAUUCCAUGUCAGUAACGACGUAAAGAUCAUCUACCGGUACCUGCCGCGGGAGGUAGGCGAGCUGAUAAUAUAUUACCUGUGGCUGGUGCAGCCGUUUGUCGAACAGCUUGACACGUGGCUCGAAAAACAGUCCCCUGCGCCACGCGACCCCCUGUCCCAACACCAGCGUGCGCUACUGUGGGAGCCCGACCCGGGGACGCGCCGCAUGUGGUCAUCGGACCGGUUCCGCGACGUACUGAAACGGGAGACCGAGCGGCGGCUUGGGCAGGCUAUCCACGCAGCCGCAUACCGGAAUAUCGCCAUUGGGAUCAGCCGGCAGUUCCUGCGGGCGGGCAGCCAGUUUCUCCAGAGCCAGAACGACCAGCGCGAGAGCGAGCGCGCUGCAACCGACCCCGACAAUGAAACCGCUAUGGACGAGGCGCAGUGGCUCGGCCACAUUGCUGACCUGCAGGCGGCCCAUUCGUCGCACGUCGCCGGUAUGAUUUACGGCCGGGAGCUGAUGGAGCAGGCCGGCAUCACCGCGUACCGGCAGGAGAUAUUCCGUUUAUCCAGUACGGACUGGCACCGCUUUUUAGGGUUUGCAUCGGCCCAGUUUGAGCCUCCGUCGGCACUGGAGAAACGUAAACGGGCGCCGUGA